UGUUCUGUCCGUCUGCGCGCCGGGACAAGGGAUGUAUUAGUGUCUCCCUUGGGGACCGUGGAGGAGAAUGCACCUCUCUCUCUCUCGCUCUCCCCUCUGCACACUCACACUUCCCCCCUGUUGGUGAUGCUUUUGUGACAAAAAAAGGGAAUAAAAAACAAAAUUACACAGGUUUGAUCAUGGCAGACAAAGACAGCGUGGAGAAAUUCCUGGAGAGCAACCCGCAGUUUGCCAAAGAGUACUUUGACAAGAAGCUGCGCGCAGAGGCCCUGGCCACAGCCUUCUCCGCACCUGUCGACGUCAAGGACGCCGCGUCUUUCAAGGAUGUUAACUCGGUGCAAGAAGCCGCCAUCAUCUUCGACCUGGUGCAGGAGCUGCAGAAGCCCGGGGACAUGGAGAAGUCCCUGCACAAAGCGCUGCAGAGGAUCGCGCUCAUCAUCCAAGCGGACAAGGUCAGUUUCUUCAUGAGCCGCUCCAGAAACGGAAUACCUGAGCUGGCCACGUCCCUCUUCGACGUGACCACGACGACCAAAUACGAGGCGAAUCUGGUCCACCCGCAGGCUGAGAUCGUGUUCCCUCUGGACAUGGGCAUUGUCGGCUACACCGCGCACUGCAAAAAGCCCCAAAAUGUUCCCGACGUCACCAAGAAUUCAAAGUUCUGUGACUUUGUGGACAAGCAGACGGGAUAUAAGACCAAAUGCAUGCUCACUUUCCCCCUGCUGGCUGAGAAAGAAUGCCUCGGAGUCGCCACGGUGAUGAACAAAAUCGGGGCUGAUCACUUCUCUCCAGAGGAUGAGGCUCUUUUCCACAAGUACAUGAACUUUGCUCAAGUCAUUGCCCUGCAACAUUACACGGCCUACAUGUUCAAUGUGGAGUCCAGGAGGAGUCAGGUGCUGCUCUGGUCGGCCAGUAAAGUAUUUGAGGAGUUGACAGACAUUGAGAGACAGUUCCACAAAGCUCUCUACACUGUCAGGACAUAUCUACUAUGUGAACGAUACUCAGUGGGCCUGUUGGAUAUGACCAAAGAAAAGGAAUUCUAUGAUGAAUGGCCGGUGAAAUUGGGAGACGUUGAACCCUAUAAAGGUCCUAAAACACCAGAUGGCAGGGAAGUCAACUUUUACAAGAUCAUUGACUACCUGCUGGAAGGAAAAGAAGAAAUCAAAGUCAUACCCGGUCCACCUGCAGAUCACUGGGCUCUAGUCAGUGGACUGCCCUCCUACGUCGCAGAGAAUGGAUUUAUUUGCAACAUGAUGAAUGUGGCUGCGGACGACUUCUUCACUUUCCAGAAAGAGGCUGUGGAUGAUACGGGUUUCGUCAUCAAGAACGUCUUGUCGCUGCCGAUUGUCAACAAGAAGGAAGAAAUCGUGGGCAUCGCCACGUUCUUCAACAGGAAAGACGGCCGACCGUUUGACGAACACGACGAACAGAUUACAGAGGCCCUGACACAGUUCCUGGGCUGGUCCGUGUUAAACUGCGACACCUACGACAGGCUGAACCGCAUGGAGUACAGGAAAGACAUCGCCCAAGAGAUGCUCAUGUACCAAACCAGGUGCACACAAGAUGAGCUGCAGUCCAUUUUGAACACCAAAGAAAAGUUUGAUGCAGAGCCCGAAGACUGCGACCCGAAAGAUAUGUACAAGCUGUUGAGAGGAACUUGUCCACCGGCUAACGACGUCAACGGAGAGGAUCUGUACAAGUUCUCCUUCAGUGACUUCCCCGUUUCAGAGUUUGGCCUCAUCAAAGCUGGCAUUCGCAUGUUCUUUGAGCUUGGAGUCGUUGAAAAGUUUAAAGUUCCCCCAGAGACACUGACGAGGUGGAUGUACACAGUGAGGAAGGGUUACCGUGCCAUCACCUACCACAACUGGAGGCACGGCUUCAACGUUGGCCACACCAUGUUCUGCCUGCUCCAGACAGGGAAGCUGAGGAAGUACUACUCUGAUCUAGAUGCCUUUGCCAUGGUGGCUGCUGCUUUCUGCCAUGAUAUUGACCACAGAGGAACCAACAACCUCUACCAGACCAAAAGUGCACAUCCUCUUGCCAAACUCCACGGCUCUUCCAUCAUGGAGAGGCACCACUUGGAGUACAGCAAGACCCUCAUGGGCGAGGAGAGUCUGAACAUCUUCUGCAACCUCCAGAAGCGUCAGUUUGAGAACGUGCAGCACUUGUUUGACGUCUGCAUCAUCGCCACUGAUCUGGCCCUUUACUUCAAAAAGAGGACCAUGUUCCAAAACAUUGUGAACGCUACAGAGCCGAUGCCAGAUGAAAAGGAGGCCAUCGCCUAUAUUUCCAACAACCCCACCAGGAAGGAGAUCGUCAUGGCCAUGAUGAUGACCGGCUGUGACUUGUCAGCCAUCACCAAACCCUGGGAGGUGCAGAGCAAGGUGGCUCUGAUGGUCGCUGCUGAAUUCUGGGAGCAGGGCGAUUUGGAGAGAAGUGUUUUGGACCAACAGCCCAUUCCCAUGAUGGACAGAAACUGUGCCGAGCAGCUACCCAAGAUGCAGUGCGGUUUCAUUGACUUUGUGUGCUCGUUUGUGUACAAGGAGUUCUCCAGGUUCCACAAGGAGAUCCAGCCCAUGUUUGACGGUCUGAACAACAACAGGGCACACUGGAACGAGCUGGCUCAGGUGUACGACGCAAAGAUGAAGGCCAUCGAGGAUGAGAAGAAGAAAGUGGAGGACGGAGCCAGCAAACCAGACGGAGGAAAGUCCAAGACCUGCACCAUCUCCUAAAUUCUUUGCAGUGCUUGAUCUGGACUGAUGCAGUCUGGUUAGGACUCAUCUAGGCUACACUAGCCUAAAAUUCUGGUCUGAUGUUUAUCUAGUUGGAUCUUUGCUAGACUAGCUCAGUCUAGUCUGAUUAACAUCAGUGUUAGUUCUCUGUGGUUAAGUGCUGUCUGCUCUGGUACAGUCCAGUCUGGUCAAAGAUACCUGGUCUGGUCCAUUUCAGUCUGGAGUCUCACCUAGUCAGGUUUGGGUCUGCAGUCCAGUCUGAAUUAGGCAAGGUUUAAUUAUAGGAGAGUCAAAAUCACCAAGAAGUAAUGCUGGGACCUUCUUUCCUCUCUUUUGUUCUAGACUUAAAUACAUACUGUAGAGUUCCUCCCUGAGUCUGAAAACAUGGCUGCCAGUGGGAUGUCACUUCAUUUUGCUGUUACGACGACAUUUUCUGACCGAAAACUGAAGUUUGUGUCACUCUGCAAACCUCUUGCACCAAAGCCCAGAGAGAAAAUUAGCAAUUAUACAUGACGGCACACAGGAGAUGUUUUAUUAUUUUGUGACUUCUGUGUAUGAAAUCCAGUGUCUGGAUUAAAUUAAGUGGUACAAACUUACCAAAUGAGGCAGCAGGAGAACAGCAGCUGCUGUGUCCCUUCAAGCUCAAAAAUGCCGGUUUUCUCGAUGGGGUUUGGUUCAGACAAGUUGCUGUUUUUCCUCGUCUUCCCUCCGGCAGCCACGUUUUCCUCGUUGACGUUGAAAAACCUUGAAAAGCUGUUAUCGAAUGUUCCCAAAUAGGAUGUUGCGUGUACAUGCAUGUGGGGUAAAUCCAUGCCAAAGCAAUACAGUAGCUCUCAAAUGAUGGUUCCCACUGGCACACUGUACGGCAGUACCUACUAUAGGUUGUACAACAAGAGUUAGCUACUGCUGUGGGAGGUGUGGAACUAACCACAGAACUUUAUACUUAGUGAAAAGAGAAAAGGAGUUGGUAUUCUGUUUUUUUUUUUUUUGUUUUAAGUAGAAUAUAAUAAUUUGAAAUUCAUUUCUUGAACACUAAAAAGAGGGUAAUGGUUUGCUAACACUCCACCAAACAAGGGCUAACAUGUUCUUACCUCAAAGGCACCCUGGUCCGUCAUAGGAGGAACUAUUCAUGUUAAUAUGCAAUCUUUCUAUAUAUACAUAUACAUAAUUUAUUUUUUUGAUUGUGUGAGAAUUUUGUACUUGUCUUCAUAGCGGAAAGAAUUGGCGUUCUGUAAAAAAAAUAAAAAAUCACAUUCAGGCAUCGAGAGCAGAUUUUGAACUUGUGCAACUUUAUUGCCGGCUUUGAUGAACAACUACAAGCGGUGUUACUUAUUUUAUGUUCAACUACCUGGGAAAAUAUAAGAAAAGUGCAACAAUGCAGUCAUGAAUUAACAAAUGAUUUCAAAUGUAUAUAGUUGAUGACAUAGCAGUCGUAAAAUGUACAUUGCGUAAUAACUGAAGCUUUAAAUCGAUUUGUAACCUUUUGCUUCUUGGACGAGCGCACUUAGUUGCUGUCAAACAGGGAAGAGUUGAAGAACCUCUGAAGUAAGAAGAUCUGAUAGGAUUUAUUUUGUCAGCCAGCGCUGACAAGAGAUCCACACAGCUUUAGACUUUAAAUACCCUCCUAACAGAGGAGGUAGAGCAGGCUACCAAAGCCUUAUCAUACCAACGUGCAGGCGACUUGUACUCAAGGAGAGGAAGCCAUCGCAUCACCAAGUGUUUGAUCGUUUAAGCUACGCUGCCUCUUUAUGCAACAGUGAGAUGAAUCAUCGUUUGAUGUUCACGCAGUGUGAAUCCCCCUUGAAAAGAUUUCCGCGUAGAAAACUGAACUGAACUCUGAUCCAGUCCCAGCAAUCUCAUCCUCAACCUCUCUGACACAGUUUUAGCGAUGGGUCAGAGGCGGGCUUUGGCUCUCCUCUUCCUGUUACACAAUGUCAUCUCCGCUAAUCAAGGGGGCCAUCAAUCAAAGGCACUUAAUCCUCUCAGAAUGGCUUUGGGGCCUGGAAUCUACCUUUUUUGGCUGUUUGAGGUGAAGCAGGGGCAGCUGCAGGAGCUAAAGCUGUCGACAGACAGAGAGAGAACAUCAACUGCUUAACAUUUACCUUGCACAACUUUAAGAUGGAUGGAUCCACCUAGUUUUGAGUUGAGCGAUGGAAAAUAAAUCGCCCCUUGCUUUGUAUGCAAAAUAAAGCACUAUAUACGGUGAAAAAGAAAGUGGUUGACGAGCAAGUUUGUUAACCAUUUUCUUUUUACAUGGUGCUUUGCAGGGCCGGCCCAAGGCAUAAGCAAACUGAUACCCCAAACAUUUUAAGGUAUUAAAUAAAUAUAUAUAUUUAUAUUUAGAUAUCUAAGUAGCAUUGAACUUAAGUUAUUUGUUCUAAGUUUCAAAAAAACCAAAGUCAUUAAACUGGUUGUUGGGAGGGCGGCCCCCCCAAAUCAAAUUCAGCGUAAGUCCCCAUAAAGGCUUGGGCCGGCCCUGCAGCUGUCACUCAGACUAUAGAAGUCUAUCAUGUGAUGUAUGCAAUGGCCUCUGCUGUAUGUAUGUAUGCAUGUAUGUGUUAUGAGAUGUAACUUGUAAAAGCAAAUAAAGGAAUUUAUGGAGCGUAA